GGGCCGAGCCUAAGGCAGCUCGCCCCGCAGCCCGCACUCAAGACCUGCUCCAGUCUCGCAGCGCGGAUGGCAUCUCCGGGCUCCAGCUUUUGGUCCUUCGGGUCUGAAGAUGGCUCCGGGGAUCCCGAGAACCCCGGUACAGCGAGAGCCUGGUGCCAGGUGGCCCAAAAGUUCACAGGCGGCAUCGGAAACAAGCUGUGCGCUUUGCUCUACGGAGAUACUGAGAAGCCAGCGGAGAGCACUGGGAACGUGUCCCCGCGGGCCGCCGCCCGGAAGGUCGCCUGCACCUGUGAUCAGAAACCCUGCAACUGCCCCAAAGCGGAUGUCAACUAUGCUUUUCUACACUCAACAGACCUACUGCCAGCCUGUGACGGAGAAAGGCCCACUUUGACAUUUCUGCAAGAUGUUAUGGACAUUUUGCUUCAAUAUGUGGUGAAAAGUUUCGAUAGAUCAACCAAAGUGAUUGAUUUCCAUUAUCCUAAUGAGCUUCUUCAAGAAUAUAAUUGGGAAUUGGCAGACCAGCCACAAAAUUUGGAGGAAAUUUUGAUGCAUUGCCAAACAACUCUAAAAUAUGCAAUUAAAACAGGGCACCCCAGAUACUUCAAUCAACUUUCCACUGGAUUGGAUAUAGUCGGAUUAGCAGCAGACUGGCUGACAUCAACAGCUAACACUAACAUGUUCACCUAUGAGAUUGCCCCAGUAUUUGUGCUAUUGGAAUAUGUCACACUAAAGAAAAUGAGAGAAAUAAUUGGCUGGCCAGGGGGCUCUGGCGAUGGGAUAUUUUCUCCUGGUGGCGCCAUAUCUAACAUGUAUGCCAUGCUGAUUGCUCGUUUUAAGAUGUUCCCAGAAGUCAAGGAGAAAGGAAUGGCUGCUGUCCCCAGGCUCAUUGCCUUCACAUCGGAGCAUAGUCAUUUUUCUCUCAAGAAGGGAGCUGCAGCCUUAGGAAUUGGAACAGACAGCGUGAUUCUGAUUAAAUGUGAUGAGAGAGGGAAAAUGAUCCCAUCUGAUCUUGAAAGAAGAAUCCUUGAAGCAAAACAGAAAGGAUAUGUUCCUUUCCUUGUGAGUGCCACAGCUGGAACCACUGUGUAUGGAGCAUUCGAUCCCCUCUUGGCGGUUGCUGACAUUUGCAAAAAGUAUAAGAUCUGGAUGCACGUGGAUGCAGCUUGGGGUGGUGGAUUACUGAUGUCCCGAAAACAUAAGUGGAAGCUGAGCGGUGUGGAGAGGGCCAACUCUGUGACAUGGAAUCCACACAAGAUGAUGGGAGUCCCUCUGCAGUGCUCCGCCUUCCUGGUUAGAGAAGAGGGAUUGAUGCAGAGUUGCAACCAGAUGCAUGCCUCCUACCUCUUCCAGCAAGAUAAACACUACGACCUGUCCUAUGACACUGGAGACAAGGCCUUGCAGUGUGGACGCCAUGUUGAUGUUUUUAAAUUAUGGCUAAUGUGGAGAGCAAAGGGGACUACUGGAUUUGAAGCACACAUUGAUAAGUGUUUGGAGCUGGCAGAGUAUUUAUACAAUAUCAUAAAAAACCGAGAAGGAUAUGAAAUGGUGUUUGAUGGAAAGCCUCAGCACACAAAUGUCUGCUUCUGGUAUAUACCUCCCAGUUUGCGCACUCUGGAAGACAAUGAAGAGAGAAUGAGUCGCCUCUCAAAGGUGGCUCCAGUGAUCAAAGCCAGAAUGAUGGAGUAUGGGACCACUAUGGUCAGCUACCAACCCUUGGGAGACAAAGUCAAUUUCUUCCGCAUGGUCAUCUCAAAUCCUGCAGCAACUCACCAAGACAUUGACUUCCUGAUUGAAGAAAUAGAACGCCUUGGGCAAGAUUUAUAAUAACUUAACUCACUAAGCUGUUUCAAUUCUCUAAGUAGACAAUUAAGUUGUCACAAACGGUGUAAAUGUAUUUGUAGUUUGUUCCAAAGUAAAUCUAUUUCUAUAUUGUGGUGUCAGAGUAGAGUACAGUUUAAAAAUUGCUCCUUUUAAAAACCCUUUCUUAAGUUCAGUAUACCUCUCUAAUAAUUAGUGACAAACGGCUGUGUUCUAAUCAAUAAGGAAAAGCUUAAAAUUGUUAUAAAUACUUCCCUUACUUUUAAUAUAGUGUGCAAAUCAAACUUUAUUUUCAUGUCAGAGUAGUAGGAUUGAAUAGUGCCAAAUUGCCCCUGAAUCCUAAAAGGUUCUUUGGGGGUGCAGUAAAAAGGAUAAAGUAAAUAUAAACUGUAUGUUGACAAUAAAAACUCUUGCCUUUUCAUAGUAUUAGAAAAAAAAUUUCUAAUUUACCUAUAGCAACAUUUCAAAUGUAUUUAAAUACAUAUAAUUUUACAAAGGAAAAUAUAUAUAUUAAAAAGAAAUCCUAUUUUGUAACAUAUAGAUUUUUAUUUUAUAUGGGUUAUACAAACUGCAGGGGCAGA